AUAUUAUACACACACUAUAGUUAAGUUAGGUUAAGUUAAUCAUUUAACAAAAUGGCUCGUACGAAACAAACAGCGAGGAAAUCCACAGGAGGUAAGGCCCCUCGAAAGCAGUUGGCCACGAAAGCAGCACGGAAGAGCGCCCCGGCGACCGGCGGAGUGAAGAAACCCCACAGAUACAGACCGGGCACGGUCGCGCUUCGAGAAAUUAGGAGAUACCAGAAGAGCACUGAACUCCUCGUUAGAAAGCUGCCGUUCCAGCGGCUCGUUCGUGAGAUCGCACAAGAUUUUAAAACGGACUUGAGGUUCCAGAGCUCGGCCGUGGCGGCAUUACAAGAAGCUAGCGAAGCGUAUCUAGUAGCACUGUUCGAAGACACGAAUUUAUGCGCUAUUCACGCUAAGCGCGUCACGAUUAUGCCAAAGGAUAUCCAACUAGCGAGGAGGGUUCGGGGAGAACGUGCGUGAAGAAGAAAUAGCUGCUAAUGUAA